AUAUGGCGUACACCAUAACAACUACAACGUUUUGAAAUAUUAUAUCCAUGCCCCACGGCGUCCACACUGGACCACGGCGAGUUCCAAAACUACGAAAGUGAAUAGUGAUAUCGCGCGCGCGGAGUGCUACGAGUGAUAUCGCGGAGUACUUACUACGCAGUUGGAUUUUCAAAUUUGCAUUUUGUUCAGUCGUUUUUCGUUUUUUUUUCACACCUCGGAUGACUAUGAACAUCACCAAUGUCUAUUGAAUUUACUUUGUCUAUUACUAUCAGCAACUUUUGCAUGUGCUCGAUAAUGGUUCGUUUUUCUAUGCGGGAUAUGUUCUAGCUGCCUUUCCGCAUUAUGCGUUCGGCGUACCUUACUUAGUAAAGUUAGCUGAGUAUUUAAAGGUACAGCCAUCAUGGACGCUACCAUUGAUUCGAAUUUCCAUGAAUCAAAGAGAAAAUGCAUUACCAAAUCCGAGUACAAUGCAAUGGUUGACUGGGUAGACUCGUCAAUCAAAAAUAACCAUGAUUUUAUUCUAAACCGGUAUGGUGUGUUGACCUCAAACGCACUCAUCAGAUAUCCCCACUUACAUAAAAAUACUGUUAUAAGUAUUGUCGACGGCCGAGUACAACAGUAUGUUCGUCAACGACAUCAUAAGGUCUUUUCCAGCACUUCCAAUGCUAAUUCCCCUUUACAUUCUUCAGCCACAAAAUCUAAGCUAUAUACGAAUUAUCGUCAACAAGAACGCAUUAAUAAACAUUUAACCGGUUCUUCAAAAACAAUGAAUGAGAGGUACAAGGAGUUAGUAGCUAAUGGUACCGUGUCAUCUCCAUUGAUCACAUUGGCUGAUAAAUUGCGUAUGCCGGCUAUGUUGGUCGCAAAAUUUGUACUUACCGAUCAAAUAAAAGAAGAAAAAUUGAAAGAGAAACUUGAUCAGCAGCAUUCUAUCAAUGACGAUAGUUUAAAUAGUAGCAUAUUAAAUGAUACAAGUGUUGGAUCAACUGCUAGUAACUUACAAAAUGAUAGUGAAAGGGAGUUGAAACAAGAUUUAAGUGCCAACGACUCGACAGCUAAAGAAUUGGAUACUUCGUAUAGUAUUGAUGAACAGUUAUCUAAACAAUUAAACUGGCUCACCUGUAAACUUCGCUCAAUGCAUAAAUCUGAAUUAGCUUUAAAUCAAUCUGAUAAUAGUUUGAAUAAUAGUAAUUCAUACUGUAUUCCGACUACUGAUAAAAGUUUAACACCACAUCAAUUGGCUAUGUCUACUUGGUUGAUACGUAAAGAUCCACAGUUAGCUUACGAAGUAUAUAAAUCUUCUGUUGUAGAUGGGCAUUAUGGAUCAUGUGUAGAAUUUAUCAAAAGCUGCAAUGGCAAGCGCUUUGAACAAAUUUUGAAGCAAAAUAUGACAGGUUUAACUAAGUCCCGGACAAACAAACCAGAGAGAAAUUAUACAACUGAAAAGGAGUGCAGGCUUCGUGGACUAGAUAUGACACCUGAUGUGGUCCUUAACGAACCUAUUGCCAUUAUAUUGUCUGACGUUCACAAUAUGAAAUACAGUCAAGAAUAUACAGCGACAAACUAUGUUGGAGGAAGUGAAAAUGAAAUUCGAGUGUUAAAUUGGAUAGAAUCGAAAGCAAUGUUUGGUGGCCCUGAUCAAUUACGUAAAUCUACUCAAGGCCAAUUGUUUCCUUACUGGAAUCGUUAUGGGCCAGGAGCUGUAAUAUAUUGGUUUGGACAUAUUUUGGAAGAUAACGACAAAGUAUAUGGUGUCCAUGCUGGUGUUUCAUUAAACAAAAAUCCUAUUGACAACAUUUCUACAAGCGUUACUUCACCAUCUAAAAAUGAUUUAGCAGAACUAUCUGCGUUCAAUUUUUGGUCAAAAUAUUGUCUAUUAAUGGACGGAUUUCCUGCCACCAAUAAAAUUGUGAUGCACAACCGCCAAAAUGGUUUAAAAAAGAAAAACUCAACUACAGUUUCAAUGACAGUUUAAAAUAUUGUUUGUAAAAUAAUUAAAUUAUUUAAUAAUAAAAUUAAAAUUACAUCA